CACACGCAAAUAUAUAUAUCAUUAUACAGUCGCGAACUUUCAGAAGGUUUUGUUUUCUUCGUUUUCGGAGUUGAUAUUGCAAAAUUUCCGAGGAAGGAUCUUUAGGGUUUUGGGGUUCCGGAGAGGCUCUGCAGAGAUUUUUGACAUGGAUUCGGCGGUAACUCAAACCUCAGUUUUAGCGGUCGCAGAUUGUCUGGUAUUGCCUGUUAGCUCUGUUCUAAGCAUAUUGAAAGAGCUGGGGAAUGAUGGGCUCGACCAAUGUGAUCCUCUGAUAAUCACUCAAGCUUCCACUCUAAGUCAGUUUCCUUUGGAUUCUUCAUCCGUGGACAUUGUUUUAUCAAUCUCAAAAUCAUCUGCAUUUCCUAAUGAUCAAUUGUAUGGUGAGAUCUCUAGAAUUCUUAAACCUGGCAGCACGGUUAUUGUAUGCAAGAACUUGGAUGCUCAAGUUGGGGAAACGGAACAGGCUCUUCAACGAAGCAUGCUUUUGGCUGGUUUUCUGGAACCACAAUCUCUUGACUUAAAAUCAGUUUCCUUGUCUAAGUUCAACUUAUCUUUCGGCAUCAAGGCGAAAAAACCAUCUUGGAAGGUCGGUACGUCAUUUGCUCUAAAGAAGCCCGUGAAAAAUCUCUUGAAGGUUAGUCUAGAUGAUGACUCAGAUCUUAUAGAUGAAGAUUCUCUUCUGACAGAGGAUGACCUGAAGAAACCCCAACUCCCUCCCGUUGGUGACUGCGAAGUGGGAAGCAAUAGAAAAGCUUGCAAGAACUGCACAUGUGGUAGGGCUGAGAUGGAGGAGAAAGCAGAGAAGCUGGAGCUCACUGAAGAUCAGAUAGAGAAUCCUCAAUCAGCAUGUGGCAGCUGUGGGCUCGGGGAUGCUUUCCGUUGCAGCACAUGCCCUUACAAGGGUCUCCCUCCCUUCAAACUAGGGGAGAAGGUCUCUCUGCCUCAAAACUUCCUGGCAGCCGACAUUUAAGGUUUCGGCAUUCUCCUUUCCAUCUAGAGGUUUAAACGCGAGUUCCGGUUCGUGUCUCUCUAGUAGAGUUGCUAUCAAAUGUUAAACCUAAUGUUAGUGUUCUACAGAGACAGUUGCCGAGGAUCAUUUGGUAACAAUAACAACGCAUUGUGUUAUUUUUUGUGUUAACUUUUGUGUCCGUUGAUAAUAUUAUGCAUAGUGGCAUUGGACUUUA